AUGGAGGUAAGUUGCUUAACACUAAAAGACUUGAUCAGCCCAAGACAUACAAGCAUCCAUCUGGCAGAUGAAGAUGGGGAAAAUGCACAAAAGGAAAACAUAUUUGAUCAAUCCAGAAUGACCCCAAAGACUCCCAUGAAAAAUGAACCAAUUGAUUUAUCAAAACAAAAAGGCUGCACCCCAGAAAGAAAUCCAAUUACACCUGUUAAGCUUGUCGACAGACCUCUGGCAGAUCCAUGGACCCCCACAGCUAACCUGAAGAUGCUGAUUAGCGCUGCUAGCCCUGACAUGAGGGACAGGGAAAAGAAGAAAGAGCUCUUUAGACCAAUUGAGAACAGUGAGCAGAACGAUGCUUUUCCUGAUUCUGUACAGUAUGAUAUGCUAGAUGAUGGCACAGUGGAUGAAUUUGAAAAGCAGAGACCCAGCAGAAAACAGAAGAGCUUAGGACUCUUAUGCCAAAAGUUUCUAGCUCGCUACCCAAGUUACCCUUUGUCAGCAGAAAAAUCUACCAUUUCUUUGGAUGAAGUGGCUUCUAGUCUUGGAGUUGAGCGUAGGCGCAUCUAUGACAUAGUGAAUGUUCUGGAAUCGUUGCACCUCGUUAGCCGUGUGGCCAAGAAUCAGUACUGUUGGCACGGACGACACAGCCUGAGUCAAACUCUGAAAAAUCUUCAGGAAAUAGGAGAGCUCCAGAAGUACGAAGAACAGAUGGCUUACUUCCAGCAUAAAGAGCAGGACCUUGAGUAUAAAUUUGGAGACUGUAAAAAGGAGACCUUUCCGGAUUCCCAAGACAGACAGUUACUUGACUUUUCGGAGGCAGAUUGCCCCUCUGCAUCUGCAAACAGCAGAAAGGACAAGUCAUUACGGAUUAUGAGCCAAAAGUUCGUCAUGCUGUUCCUUGUCUCCAAAACCAAGAUAGUCACUCUUGACAUAGCAGCAAAAAUACUGAUAGAAGAAAGCCAGGAUGCAGCAGAUCACAGCAAGUUUAAAACAAAGGUACGAAGACUGUAUGAUAUCGCCAACGUUCUGACCAGCUUAGGGCUCAUAAAGAAAGUGCAUGUCACAGAAGAAAGGGGUCGCAAACCAGCCUUCAAAUGGAUUGGGCCUGUGGAAUUCAGUGGAAAUAGUGGUAAUUUAACUGAUGUUCCAACAUCUGCUGCUUUACCAGAACUGAAACGAGGGGCGUGUGUCCAACAUCAAACCUGUGCUAAUGGAAAACAGAGGCUCGCACGGCAUGCUUCAUUUAACACUGUUCAUCCUUCUGAAGGGAUCAAAAGGAAGGUCAGCUCUGAACCCAACAGCCCACAUAGGGAGAGGCAAGGUUCAGAUGAAUACUGCUCCAAAAUGAUAAAUCUAGCAGCUGUCUGCAGACAGAAGAUGGAAAAGGAUACAAAGAAUAAAAUUUGUGCCACUGAAACAAUCUUAAAUUCAUCGAGGAGCCCAGCUAUAAUCUCUCCUUUCUCUGUUCUUCCGGAUCCUGGGGACUCUGAUUUUUGCCUUAACCCCUUACCUCACCCAGUGUUUCCUGUUGCUCACUCAGACAUGUCGCACCUCUCCCUGCCAAAUGGUAUGAAUGGCCAAGUUUUGCAGACUCCCACUUUGGUCUCGUCCAAAACAGAGAAUGGGAAAACUGCUCUGCUCCCCAACCAGCCUUUUGUUUACCUCCCCUCUGCGUCUCUCUUCAUGCUGUGUGGCAGUCCUCAGGAAAGUCUGUCGAGGGAGAACCUUCCAACUACAGGAGAAAAGUGCAACAGAAGCCCUGAGGGGCAGGCCUCACCCCUAAAGCCACAAGCUGCUGUAUUUGCUGUUAACUAUCACAAGCGUAGUUCCCAGAAGUGUGCAUCUCUCUCCACACCUGCAGCCAGCAUAGAGCCAGCUGCUAAAAGGAAGACUAUGGAGCAGAGUGAUGUCCCCCUCUCAUUGGUGCUACCCAAGAAACCUUUUGAGCCACCUGAUGUAGAAUAUCCCCUGGGAAGCAGCUGUGCCUCUAAUGUGCAUCUAGGAGCUUUUCAUCUUGACUUAGGAACUCCUGCUGCUGCUGACGAGGCUGCAGAAGAGGAUACAACUAAACCUUUAGAUUCUCAGGAGCGGGAAAAGCAAUCUCGGAACAGAGACCUUGAAGAUCCCUCACAGGGAAAAGAGCACAUCUCUCAAGAAAAUACCAAACAGCCCUUCUUUCCACAGUAUCUCUAUGUGCAGCCAGCUGCAGGAUUAAGUGGUUUUAACUUCCUGUUUUCUGCAAACCAAACCCCUGGUGCUGUUGGUCUGUCUGCAAGCCAGUUACCAUCUUUUAGUGUUCCCUGUGUGGUAGUGCCGUCUACAGCCUUGGCACCCUUCCCUCUUAUCUGUUCUCCAGCAAUCACCAAUCCACUUUCUUCUGCUCCUGCUUGCUCUUUUCCAAAUACUGCGUCCACGAAUUUCAGCAUGCCGGGCCUAACGUCAACACCACCCGUCUUUAUUGGCACCACAGCAAUGGUUACUCCAAAGACCUCCAAAAUACCUUCAGUGGAUCCACAGCAACCAUUUCCUUCUGCUGUACAUUUGAGCCCUGUGCUUGGAAGAUCUUGCAACACGGUUAAACUGGAAUCCCCAGUUUGUACGGGGCCUCCAGUCACCCUUCUGAAACUACAGCAGCCAUCAUCAACCCCACUUACUCCGAAGAGCAUUCGUCCUACACAUCACGAGGCAUUUUUCAAAACUCCUGGCAGCCUUGGAGAUCCUAUUGCAUGGAAGAAAAAUGAAGGCAACCAGACCAGAAAUGCCAGUUCUGUUCAGAGAAGACUAGAAAUCUCAAGUAGUGGCAGUGACUAA